AUGCCUCGGCGACAAAGUUCAUGCUUCGACGGCCCGCGCUGCCUCCCGGCAGGUCCUGCGGCCGGUGGCGCCGGGCUGCGUGGGCCGAGCGCUCCGGACCCCGCACCCCAAGGCCAAGUUGGGACCGCCCUGGCCGCAACUUUCGCCCGGGCCGGGGUCGCUGUCCAGAGCGCGUGGCUGUUCGGUGGCCAUUCUCCGUCCAUAGGACUGACCCCUUCUUCCACUGUGGAGCUGGUGCCCAUUUUCCCACAUGUCUGCCCGGCCGCUCUUCCUCCUCCUGUUGGGAAAAGUUGGAUAGACAAAAGGAUACCUAAUUGUAAGAUCUUUUUUAACAAUUCCUUUGCUGUGGACUCAACAUGGAUAUAUCCUGAGGAAUCAAGGUUGUUCCACGGGCACGAAAAGCCUCACUUGUUGGCGAAUCAAGUGGCGAUGUCUCUGUCCAGACCAGCUCCUGCCUCCAGGCCUCUUCCCGCACUGGUGCUGGCGCCUCAGCCGAUACCAGGUGGUGGUCCCGACAGCCUCAAGCCCGUCGGCAGCAGCCCCGCCAUUGCCAUCGCCGCCGCCGCCGUGCUGUCUGUGGAGCCCGAGGGACUUGGGGGCCCGUCCCCCCCCAGCACGCAGCCCUGCCACUUCCUGACGUUGGCCCCCAUCAAAAUACCCCUGCGGACCGCCCCCUUCUCCGAUAAAAGCAGAGAGCGCGGCCGAGCGCCCUGUCCUCCCGGCCUGAUGCUGCACGCGGACAGGAAGAGCCGGGCCGGGGACGGAGAAGACAAGGAGCCUCCGUCGAUACUAGUCACAAGAGAGGACAGCGCAGCAAAGGGCAACAGACCCGUGGCCUCUACGCCGGUGCCCGGAUCCCCCUGGUGUGUGGUGUGGACAGGAGACGACCGGGUUUUCUUCUUCAACCCGACGAUGCAGCUGUCCGUGUGGGAGAAGCCCAUGGACCUGAAGAACCGUGGGGACCUCAACAGGAUCAUCGAGGACCCGCCCCACAAGCGCAAGCUGGAGGCCCCGACAGCCGACCACAGCGAGGGGUCGAGGUCUGAGGAUGGCAGGGAAGACCGAAACAUGAGAACCAAGAGGAACCGGACAGAAGGCCACGCGAGUCCUGGGCCAGAGGAGGCAGAAGGAGCGGACAAGGACACCAAGACGCCACCUCCCCAGAUCCUGCUGCCGCUGGAGGAGCGGGUGACCCACUUCCGAGAUAUGCUCCUGGAGCGAGGGGUGUCAGCGUUUUCUACCUGGGAGAAAGAAUUACACAAAAUCGUGUUUGAUCCGCGUUACCUCCUGCUAAACUCUGAGGAGCGGAAGCAGAUAUUCGAACAGUUUGUCAAGACAAGGAUAAAAGAAGAAUAUAAGGAGAAGAAAAACAAAUUGCUGCUCGCCAAAGAAGAAUUCAAGAAACUUCUGGAGGAAUCUAAGGUGUCACCCAGAACCACGUUUAAGGAGUUUGCGGAGAAGUACGGCCGGGACCAGAGGUUUCGUCUUGUUCAAAGAAAGAAGGACCAGGAGCAUUUUUUCAACCAAUUCAUACUUAUUCUUAAGAAACGGGACAAGGAAAACCGACUCCGGCUGCGGAAGAUGAGAUGAGUGUGUGAGAGGCGCAGUAGGACAGGUGCGGAGCGGAGGGUGCCGCGCGGGGCUGCGCGCACUUCUCGGAGGAUUACUGUUUCAUAUUGAAGCUCUCUUUUGUACGGCGUUCCGAGUCUGAUGCGUUUCUAAUUGCCAUGGUAGGUCGCUCCCUUAAUCGUUUAAUUAUGCAAAGUACUUGUAAUAUAUACAAAUCAUAAACCCACCGCAGGUUUGUAGCUCAGCAGAAAUAUCUAUAUCCCUCUCAAGGUGUUUUCAUGAGUUGAUCUGAGUACCUGAAACUUUUCUCCAAACUUUGUGUGUUCCCUGGGUUCUGAGCCCCGUGGCACGGGGGCUCCUUCCGAGUGCUGGGUGUCUGUCCGGUGUCCCGAGUAGUAGCAACAGCAUCAUCAUCACCAGUCAUAGCGACGACCCUGAGCGCCUCCACACGCGGACCCCGGACCCCCGCAGCAGUCCGAGGGGGCGCCGGGCCCCAGACAGGGCGGCCGCAACGUCUGUCGGGGGUCCUACUCAAAAUGGGAUUAUUUUGUACAAAAUCAUCAUACGAAUAGUUGAGUUAUUUUUAUUGUAUGCCCAGUUUGCAUGAGAUUUUUCUCAUCAUCUUUGUAUAAAAAGAAUUUUAAAUUUUUUUUAAUUAAUAAAUAUUUUA